AAUAUCGUGUUGACAUGUCACAUUCAAGUAGGAUCCAAGCUCGCUUUUUUCUCUUUUUUGCUAGCUUAGCUAAAACUGACUGGCGCUCCUCCUUAGACACAAAACAGUCGGUUGCUAGGCAACAGAACUACAACAGGACAAGCAUGGCGGAGGAUAAACCAAAAUCAGAGAGGAUGGUGUCAGAUGUCCACAAGAGGAUUAAAGCAGCGUUUGAAGCGUUUGACUAUGAAUCGAACAACACUGUGGACGUCCGGGAGAUCAGCACCAUCAUCUACUCCCUAGGUUGCUUCCCCAAUCAGGAAGACCUGCAUGCCUUUAUAGCUAAGGUGGAAGAGGACCACACAGGAUAUAUCCAUUUGGACAAGUUCCUCCCAGCUAUGACUAAAGUGCUGCUGGAGCACAAGUUUCCUCCCAUCCCUGAGGAUGUUUUGCUUCAGGCUUUUGAGGUUCUGGAUAAAGAAAAGAAAGGAUACCUGGAGCCGGAGGAGCUGACAAAGUACAUGACACAGGAAGGUGAGCCCUUCACUCAGGAGGAGAUGGAUGAGAUGCUGACAGCACUUGCUGACCCUGAGACAAACGUCAUCUAUUACAAGGACUUCAUCUGCCAGCUGACUAUCGACCCUGAUAUGUAAAUAGUGUCUGGUGUUUGUGCUAAUGUAUGCAUGUUCUUAAGGUGAACUUGUAAAUCUGAUAUAAUUAAUAAAUAUGCAUCGAUAAAUCCCGA